AUGAACGCCGUCGAUGCCUCAGACCACUAUGAUGCCAAUCCAACAGACACCGCGACCUCGCUGCUGACCAUCGUGCUUGACACCAACCCACACGCCUGGGCGCUGCUCGAAAACACCCUCCCGCUGUCCACAGCAAUCGCAAACCUCCUUGUCUUCAUCAACGCCCAUCUGGCCUGCAACUUCGCGAACAAAGUCGCCAUAGUCGCCAGCCACUCGCACCAGGCUCGAUGGCUCUACCCAACGCCCACCACUCCUCCCGCCAAUGCCGCGGGCGAGGGAGACACCGACAUGUCAACUAACGACAGCUCAUCCCAAUCCAACAAAUACCCGCCCUUCCGCAUCGUUGAGGAGCAAAUCACCCGUAACCUCAAAUCCCUGCUAUCCGAUACUACCCCAGCCGUCUUACACGCGGCAGCUUCCACCAUGAUGGCCGGCGCUCUCACGCUUGCUCUGGGCUAUAUCAACCGCGAAACGAUCGCCCACGCCGAAACUCACGGUGCCAGCACUAGCAGUUCUUCAACACUAGACCAUCAUUCCUCAUCUGCCCUCCCCCCUCCUCCGGGCUCCUCCCAAAUCAGCACCUCUAACCCGCUCAAUCCCUCCGGUCUCCAGUCCCGCAUCCUCAUCAUCUCUGUCAGCAGUGCCACCGGCUCUGCUCACCAAUACAUCCCCAUCAUGAAUAGCAUUUUUGCCUGCCAACGCUUACACAUCCCUAUCGACAUUUGUAAACUCUCCGGCGACGCCGUCUUCCUCCAGCAAGCCUGUGAUGCCACUCGUGGUAUCUACGUGCCAAUCGAUCACCCGCGCGGCUUUCUGCAGUAUCUUAUGCUUGCUUUCCUGCCAGAUCAGCGGUCGCGUCGCCAUUUAAUUCUGCCAACCAGAGUCGAUGUGGAUUUCCGUGCUGCCUGUUUUUGUCAUCGCAGGGUUGUCGAUGUCGGUUUUGUGUGCAGUAUCUGCUUGAGCAUUUUUUGUGAACCUCCUGACGCAGCAGAGUGUCUUACGUGUGGCUCGCAGCUCAAGAUUGGCGAUUAUGGAGCAAAACCAGUUGUUGUAGCAAGGAAGAAGAAACGGAAGAAGGGCGCUGGAAAAACUGCAAAUGGCAGCCUGUCAGGCGGCGCAACGCCAAUUUCACAAUCAACGCCAACAUCAACACCAGGUUUUCCUUAA